ACCCUAAUCGACCGUCUCAGAAAAGAAAGGUGGAGUUUAUUUUGUCGAUUUUCUCUCUCCGUGAUUGAUUCCUCCACUCAUUCCAGUAAUCUUUCCCUGAAAAUAUCUGUUUUUCUCACGGAAUUCUCAUCCGAUUUUCCGCAGAACAGGACAGAAUCACUGCUCGGAUAUGGCGGAUGCGGCGGCGAUCAACGGCGAAUCAAUGCGCGGGGGUGAUCGGGCUGUAGAAAUUGCCGGGAGCGAAGAUCGCGAAGAGGUUUUUGUCGAUUUCGAUGAAAGCGAUCCCAAGACUUCUAGUCUGAUUCAGAAGAUCGAAACUCUCGAACAGGAGAAGCGCGAAUUGGUCCAUGAGAACGACGUGGUGAAAGGGAGGAUCAAGAAACUGAAGGAAGAGACUGAAAAGUUGGAGAGUGACAAGGCCGAGUUGAAGAAAGAGGUUGAACAGUCUGAGGCUGAAAAAAAGACAUUACAAUCCGUUGCGGCGAGGGCAGCCGAACUCGAGACUGAUGUUUCGAGGAUGCAGCACGAUCUGAUCACUUCUAUGAGUGAUGCAGACGAGGCGAACAAGGAGAUCUCUGAAUUGAAGAUACUCGUUGAAGAAUUGAAGAAAAGUGAAGCAGAGAAGGAAUCGAAAGCGAUGGUGCUUGAGAAGGAGAGGAAUUUGCUGUUGGAACGGCUUCACAAGGACGGAGAGCAAAUGAAGGCAAUGACAGAGAGUAAAGUUCGUGAGUUGGAGAAGAAACUCGAAGCAUUGGAGGGGAGAGAAAGCGUUGAAAAGAGUGAGAGAAUUAAUAUUGAGCGAGAAGCCAAGGUGAAGCUUAAUGACAAAGACAAGGAAAUUCAGCAAUUAAAGAAGUCCAUUGAGGAUUUGGAUUCAGUAUUGGCAAGGAAUGGUCUGGAGAUGGAGAGGAUGAAAAAGGAGAGAGAAGAGCUGGAGAUUGAAAAGAAUGAACUGGAAGCACUUUUGAAGAAGUCAGAGAGAAAGGGUAACGAGAUGGAGGCUAAGAUUGCUCGAAUGCACAAGGAAUUUGAACAGCGCGAGGCUAUUAUUAAUGAGUUGAAAAACAAUACAAGGGAGAUGAUUAGUAGAAACAAGGCCGUCAUGGAUGGGGAUAUCGUUGAGGGAGGAGAGAGGGGAUUGUUCAGUUCGAAGUCACAGUGGCCUGUGCUUGCAGCAUCCACUGGAGCAAUUGCUGCGGUGGCGGUUUUGUACUACCUUCGAUCUGCAAGGCAGAAUUGAUUGCUUCAGAUUUAACAUACUUGAAGAGUCUUACAGGUUUUUGGAAUUUCGUUGUUCCAACAUUAAUAUAUUUCAAUUUUGUUAGAUGCUAUGUUUUUGUGGCCUUGUCUUAAGCUUUUGAACCGUAAUGUGCUCAGCACUUGGAUCUUUUUCUUGCUAGUACUAUAGGAACUGUAUUUUUGUUUGGCUCUCUUUAAUCUUUUUUAAGAGUAGUCCAGCAACCCUUUAAUUCUGCUCAUACAGUAUGGAGCAUGACUAUUGCAGUUAUAUGGACUUUAUGCAAAGUAAUGUUGGGAAAUAGCUCAGACUUUAAACAUUGAAACCUUCAAAUAUUUUGCUGGGAGCACAAAACUAGAAGACAUUUGUUGGCUGGUUUGAUCAUAUGUUUUUGCAAUUGUAAUAAGGGAUAUCUGGCUUGUUUGUU